ACGUUUCACAGACAACCACUUGAAGACGGAGAGGUGGCCCCGCAGCCCGGACGCUCUGCUGAGGUGUGAAGAGGCACCAUGGAGGAGCUGCACAGCCUGGACCCCCGGAGACAGGAGCUGCUGGAGGCACGUUUUAUGGGCGGGGUCAGUGGCAGCACGGGGGGCAGUACUUGCAGCACAAGUGGGGGUACCAAAGGACUGACCAAUAAUGAAUGUUCAAAUCAUAGUUUUGGAAGUCUGGGUUCCUUGAGUGAUAAGGAGUCAGAGGGGUCAGAUGUGAAACGAGGAAGUUCCCCUGCUUAUUCGACUCCAGAAAAGAAACAGUCUGAAACAACCAGAGGGAGAAAAAGGAAACCUGAGAUCCAGUCAGAGAGCAGUCAAGGAAAAUCAGCAGUGCGAGGACCCAAAAUAAGUGAUUAUUUUGAUUUCCAGGGAGGGAAUGGGUCCAGUCCUGUAAGGGGUCUCCCCCCAGUGCUCCGCUCACCCCAGAACUCACAUUCCCACUCGGCUCAGGGCGCUACUGUUAGACAAAAUAGCUCAUCUCCUACUAGUCUGUCUUUUGGGGACCACAUGGCACAUCCAAAGCAAAUGGCAGUCAAAUUUGUUCAGACCGACCUUACAGUGUUGAAAUUGGCCGCCCUUGAAAGCACUAAGAAUCUAGACCUUGAGAAGAAGGAGGGCAGAAUAGAUGAUUUGCUACGGGCAAACUGUGAUCUUAGGAGGCAGAUAGAUGAGCAACAAAAAUUACUUGAAAAGUACAAAGAACGCUUGAAUAAAUGCAUCACAAUGAGCAAGAAGUUGCUCAUAGAGAAGAGCACCCAGGAGAAGCAAGCUUGCCGGGAGAAGAGCAUGCAGGACAGACUACGUUUAGGCCAUUUCACUACAGUGAGACACGGGGCCUCUUUCACAGAGCAAUGGACGGAUGGCUACGCCUUUCAGAAUCUAGUGAAGCAGCAAGAGUGGAUAAACCAACAGAGAGAAGACAUUGAGAGGCAGAGGAAACUUCUGGCCAAGAGGAAACCUCCAACCUCCACUAACUCCCAAGCACCAACCACAAACUCGGAGCCAAAGCAACGCAAAACCAAGGCCGUGAAUGGAGCAGAAAGCGAUCCCUUUUUAAAACCCAGCCUACCUCAACUGCUGACUUUAGCAGAGUACCACGAACAGGAAGAGAUCUUUAAACUGCGUCUUGGACAUUUGAAGAAGGAAGAAGCUGAGAUCCAGGCGGAGCUGGAGCGUCUGGAGAGGGUGCGCAACCUUCACAUUCGGGAGCUGAAGAGAAUAAAUAAUGAAGACAGCUCCCAAUUUAAAGAUCACCCAACACUGAACGAACGAUACCUGCUCCUACACCUUCUUGGGCGAGGGGGCUUUAGUGAAGUUUACAAGGCCUUUGACUUGAUUGAACAACGAUAUGCUGCCGUGAAGAUCCACCAACUCAACAAGAACUGGAGAGAAGAGAAAAAGGAGAACUAUCACAAGCAUGCGUGUCGAGAGUACAGAAUACAUAAGGAGUUGGAUCAUCCAAGGAUUGUCAAACUCUACGACUACUUCUCGCUGGACACAGACACGUUUUGCACGGUUAUGGAGUACUGCGACGGAAACGACUUGGAUUUCUACUUGAAGCAGCAUAAGCUCAUGUCUGAGAAAGAGGCACGGUCCAUUGUCAUGCAGAUUGUGAACGCACUAAAAUACUUAAACGAAAUCAAACCCCCCAUCAUCCACUACGACCUGAAACCAGGCAAUAUCUUGUUGGUGGAUGGAACAGCCUGUGGGGAAAUCAAAAUCACCGACUUUGGUCUUUCCAAAAUCAUGGACGACGACAACUAUGGUGUAGACGGGAUGGACCUGACGUCACAGGGUGCAGGCACCUACUGGUACUUGCCUCCUGAAUGCUUUGUGGUUGGGAAAGAACCUCCAAAGAUUUCCAAUAAGGUGGAUGUCUGGUCAGUGGGUGUUAUUUUUUUCCAGUGCUUGUACGGGAGGAAGCCAUUUGGCCACAACCAGUCACAGCAGGACAUCCUGCAGGAGAACACAAUACUCAAAGCUACAGAGGUCCAGUUCCCCGUCAAGCCUGUUGCCAGUACUGAAGCAAAGGCCUUCAUAAGGCGGUGCCUGGCAUACAGAAAGGAGGACCGGAUUGAUGUUCACCAGAUGGGAAGCGACCCCUAUCUGCUCCCUCACAUGCGAAGAUCAAGCUCCUCUGGAAAUCUGCAGAUGAGUGCCGCCAGCUCUGGACCAGCCUCCUCCAGCAUCAUCUCGUAU